CAGAUCACGGUGUCAAGAGGCAGGUGACCUUUGCAUAUAUGCCAGGAAUGCAGCGGCACGGUGAUUUAAUGUGGUUUGGCCGGCUGACGCGUUGCAAACUUGCAACUAUGCCGCAGUGAUGCGGUAUGGCCGGUUUCCCAACGGCCGCUCCUGCUGGCCAAGGCCUGCAGUUACUCAGUCGCUAUCUAUUAUUAUAUACACCGCACACAGUACGUACCCAGGCCAGGGAUUAGCCAACGGCCAGCGUACCGACCGGCCUGUCCGUCCGGGGCCGCGGCAGUCUCGGUUCGGUAGUGGUCGGCUGACGGACUGCAUGUGCGACAGCCCAAUACGCAGCCGCAGCUGUAGUGUACAUCUGUGUGCGUAUAGCUAUCUGCGGACUGCGUCGUUUAAUACGCAGUGAAGAAGUGGAAUUGAUCGGCAGUGAACGGUUUGCCCGUUGCCAGCGUUGUCCGAGCUGCACCACAACGCCAGCUGAACCGACGGUUAACGUUACGCCCGCAUUAACCUGCACCGAAUAACUCACAAGGGACGACGCCGCUGCGUGGUCACUGGUGAGCCGUGCUGACUGUGCAGCAUUACAACCAUUUGAGCGAGUGCGGAUGACUGGUGGUUACCACAACGAAAUGACGACGUCCAGCGCUAGAAUUCUCCGGCGUUAAUUAGCCAUAGAUCGAUCGAUGUAAUUAUUCUACUUAAUUCCGCAUAUCGCCCUGUACGUGCUGCAGUAUUGCAUGUGUUCGUGUGAACCGGGUUUAUAAUGAUCACCGACUGACAAAGUUAUAUGACGGCCAGGAAUCGGAUCAAGAAAACGUCAUAGGAAAUCGGAAUUAAUAUUAACACGGUGGUCAGUAAUUAUUGCUAUGCUGCUGCAAGGCCCUCCUCUUGGCACGCUUAGAUGGCGCUGCAUCAUAACGCGAGUAUACCGGCAUCCGAAUGCGCUGCAGCCCGAGGGCGCUCCAGAGUCCCGAGCAUGAUGCCGAGCGUUAUAUGCAGCCCGGUUAUAAUCGCCAGGGAAUCCUCCGCACCGGGACAGCGCGUCGGCACAUGCACCGACCCGGCGGCCGUUCCCUUAUGCAAGUCCCCCCGGCGGCCGUUAGCGUCCCGGCGCACCGGCCGCUGGCUGUCCCCCGGCCCCGGCCAUGGCCGCUGCGCUGCUCCCGUCUUAUUACCCAACGGCCCCUUCCGAUCCGACCGACGCGACACCUCCACACGGUGCACGGCCGGCGCACGUCCCGAGCGGCCGCUAACCGUCUCGCGGCAACAGCUGCAGCGUCGCCGCCCUGCCCUGCAGCUGCCCCUCGGACGCCUGCUCCUUCUGCUCUGGAUGGUGUCGGCGUGCCGCGCUUCCGUCUGGAUCGCUACGGAUGAAGCCACCAACCGCCGCCACACCGACAUGCACGUGGAGCCGCGUGAGCACUUUUGCGUCCAGCGCUGCCAGACUUCCUGCCACGAACGCUUACCGACGGUAGCGUGUCGGUGGCGCUGCCGGCACCGCUGCAAGAGCCUCUCGCGGCCGCACCCCAACGGCCACAUGCACAACGCCCUGGAAGUGCAGCCGCCGCCUAUGGCCGGCAACGGCCGCCCCGCGGCGGCCGGCUGGCAUCCCCUCCCGACGACUCCCGCUGUAACACCGGCGACCACUCCCAAAUGGACGCCGGCCACGCCCGCCCCGCAGCUCUACACUCCCCAGCACAUCCUCCCCUUCCUCAACCUCCACCACGCCGCCCCGAUCCCGCCGUUACCGGCCACUGCCCCGCCCAGCCCCGUCCUCGCGCCAUUCCAGGCGGCGAGCCCUUCCGCUGCCGUUGCGCCACUUCCGGCGUCUCCCCCGGCGGUCUUCAGCGCCACCGCCGCCCCGGAGGCCUUCAUCGUCGACCGGCACCUGCAGCCGCAGGCCGACACCUGGCAACCCUUGCCGGCGGCGGUUGGCCGACCCACCGAACCCGAUGACCUUUUAAUGCAGGCCUCCAACGCCGUGGAACGUCCCGACACCGGCCCGGUGGUGGUCGAGGGUGUCGGCACGCCCUUCGUCACCAACACGAUCCCGGCGCCGUUUCCCCACGGCGCGGACGUGGGCGGGGCCUCCGCCGGCAUCAUCCAGCCCACCGACCCGCCGUUCGUCUUCCUCCCGUUCCACCCCGACCCCGCCUACUUCCACCCCGCCUCCGGGGUGGUGGCCCACCCGCUGGACCCUCCCGACGCCUUCCUCCCUCCGCGCCACGACCCCGCCGCCCACACGCUGCUCGUGGCGCCGCCCACCUCUCCGUCCGUGACCGCGCCGGCGUCGGCGGCCUUCCCGGGCCCGGUGUCGCGCGGCAGUCCCUCCCGCGGCACCGGCCACGGCUUCUCCGGACUGAACGCCGUCAGUGCGCUGCUCUCCGUCAUCCACGACCUCCACCACGCCGCCACCCACCACCAGCCACACCCCGCGGGGCCCGACGCGCCGGUGACCUUUAUGGCGCCGGCGCCGGCCUUCCCGCUGGCGGAUCCCGAGAGCCACAACUUCGUCGACACCGCCCACUCACCGCUGCAUUUCCCGGCCGUCCUGCACCCGCCCGUGUGGCAGUGACAAGCGGAAGCACCACACCGAAUUAUCCUAGCAAAUUUAUUGAUUUAUGCUGGAUUAAAUGGUGUAAUUAUUACGCAUUAUUUCUAUCGAUAAUUUUCAGAUAUCAUGAAAAAGUUCUUAUAAUUUCUUUCAUGUUUUUUUACUGUACGUUUAUGCUGUGUUUUUCUUAUUUUAAAUUGAUUAUUUUUUAUUCAGUCCUAUACAUAGCCCUAUACAUAUUCAAUCCUAUACUCUGUACAUGCAAUCAAUCCUUAUUCAGUCCUAUACAUAUUCAAUACUUGUGUUUUUAAUUUUGUAUUGAAUGCUUUUAUUUCUUCUUAUGUUUUUCUAUCGAUUUUUUUAAAUAUUUAUUAAUAAUUAUAUACCGGUAAUUUCUGUAUUCUUUUUUUUAUUUAACCCGCUGAUCGUCCGGAUAAAAUGAAUAAAAAGCAUCUGGUACAGAAAUUAGCUGAAAAACACGAUAACACAGAGAGGAAAACAGGAAAAACGCAUCGCAUGGUGAAUCAAAGCUUCUUCUUGGCGCUGGGCGACUGCUGCGGCGACCGCGACUGCACCGGGGAUUUCUUUGGUG